AUGAGGCCUUUACUCAGCAGCCUAUCGAGGGCCACAUCAUUUCCAAAAACCCCAUUGCAAAAGGGCCUCCAACAGCAACAACAAAGUCAAAUAUUCGACUCUGUAUGUCUACGAUGCCGCCGUCAACAGCUACAAUUGCACCAGCGACAGCAGCAGCGCAAUUUCAAUGCGGGCAGUAGACGACUACACCAGCAACCCGCCGACGACCCGCAAUGGGUAUCGCCCAUUGACCGACCUUCUCAAAUCGUGCGUGUCGGUCGUCGACACGGUCCCGGCUUGAUCCUUUUAGCACUCAUCCCCAUAACAGCAUUCGUCCUCGGAACCUGGCAAGUCCAAAGACUCGACUGGAAAACCAAACUGAUUGCAAAAUUCGAAGAUCGACUCGUCAAACCUCCUCUGCCUCUACCACCACGCAUUGAUCCAGAAGUAAUCCCCGACUUCGACUAUCGACGCAUCGUGGCUACCGGCGAGUACCGGCACGACCAAGAAAUGCUAAUCGGUCCACGUAUGUACGAAGGCGAAGAAGGGUAUGUCGUCAUUACACCUCUACAAAGGACAACAGAGCCAGGAAGAAGCGGAAGCGAGAAUACAGUCCUCGUCAAUCGAGGAUGGAUAUCCAAAAAAUUCAAAGAUCAGAAAGAUCGGCCGGAGGGACUGCCGCAAGGCGAAGUUGUUGUUGAAGGGUUGAUAAGAGAUCCAGUGAAAAAGAACUAUUUCACGCCGGAUAAUCGGCCGGAUAAGGGAGAGUUUUAUUUUCCGGAUAUCGAGCAGAUGGCGCAGUUGACUGGAAGUCAGCCUGUGCUUAUUGAGGAGACUAUGGUACCCGAUUUGAUUGAGUCGUUGAAUCGGACGGCGAAUGGUGUGCCGAUUGGUCGGCCGGCGCAGGUGAAUUUGAGGAAUAAUCAUCUUCAGUAUAUAUUUACUUGGUACGGUCUGUCCGUGUCAACAGCAAUCAUGCUUUGGAUGGUUGUUCGUAAGCGCCCCAAUGAAGCGUUGCGACGAGUUCGCCAGAGCAAGAAUAUGUAG